AUGUUUCCCUCAACUUAUUGCUCUUUAGGUUCAUACCCUAGCUAUAAUCCUAAUCCUAAUUCAACUUCAUCUUCUUCUUCACAUUCAUACCCUCCUUUUACUUACCUUACCCCUGAUCAAAAUGCUUCUUCAAACAACAAUACCAACAACAUCAACACUUUUCUUCAUGAUCCAACUAUUUCUGUUCCAUACACACAAACUUCACAUCAUCAUCAACAUCAUCAUGUUCCAAUGAAUCCUGAAACCCUAACAAAUUGGGCUGUUGCUGAUUAUGCUGCAAUGUUGAAACAAGAUCUAAGUGGUUCUUCUUCUCAUUACAACUUCUCGAAUUUGCUUGCGAAGAAGCCGGCGAAGAAACCGGCCAAGAAAGACCGGCACAGCAAGAUUCAUACCUCUCAAGGCUUGAGAGACCGAAGAGUGCGACUCUCGAUCGAGAUAGCACGGAAGUUCUUCGAUCUUCAAGACAUGUUAGGGUUUGACAAAGCUAGCAACACACUUGAGUGGCUUUUCAACAAAUCAAAAGAAGCAAUUGAGGAGUUAACUAGGAGCAAGAACAAUAUAGCUUCCGGUGACGACGAUGUCGAUGAUCACAGCUUCUCUACUUCGUCUUCCGAAGGAGAAGACGAAGCUCGAAAGAUGAAGAGAGCUCAGAAGGAAUCCUCAAAGAUGAAAGACUCAAGAGAAAAAGCAAGAGCAAGAGCAAGAGAAAGAACUAGUGAAAUGAAGAUUCAAGAUUUGAAGGAAAAAUACCCAGAAACCGAUCAUAAUCAACAAAUUCUUCAUCAGUUGAUGCCUAACGACGAAGAAAAUUUAAAAUUAGCUCAAAGAGAUGAUAUCUUUAACUUCAUUGAAGAAUCAAUUGUGAUUAAGAGAAAGUUGAAGAAAUCUUCUUCACAACAUCAUCAUCAACAAAACAUUAGUUUUGAUCACAAUGACUCUCCAAUGAUAACACCAAAUUGGGAUACAAAUAAUAAUAACAAUGCCGCCGCAACCGGAAGAUCCAAUUUUUCUGCAAUAUCAAGAAUGAAUCUCUCAUCAGGGCUUCAAAUCUUUGGAAAAUCAUGGGAGGAAUGCAAUAACAGUCCAAAUAGAUAUUAG